CUCCCACAGUGGUAACAGUAGCAGUCAUUCUGGUCACCAUCAUGGUAGCAAUGGAAGUACGAAUAGGCCUGGGUGCGUGAAUCCCGUAGACCUCUCGGUCCUGCAUACAAAUGGAAUUUCUGAGCUGGAUCAAGCAUCUAGUGGAUUUGAAGAUUGCAGUAGUCUGAUUCGACCAAAAGCUUCUGUUGACAGUACGCACACGACAGCAGCGCCCUCUGUGAAUGAAAGUACCCGCGUACAUAAACCGCAGUCGUUGGGUGAUAGUCUGAGAAUAUCUACGAAGCUUCCAUCAGAGUCGGAUUUUGAGAAAACAAGUAAAGCGCCCUCUAUAUCUAGUACAGCAAGCAACAAAUCUUCUGGUACGUCAGUUCUUAUGCCACUGUACAUUUACCACCGCAAAUUUUUUUUUUCCCGUCUAUAUUUCUGCCUGUUUUUGUGUGUGUCCGUCAGUCUGUCUGUCUGUGUUUGUACUUUAACCUUGAUCAUUUCAUCAAUCUGCGUGAAUAUGCUAGUUUUGACUCCAAAUUUUGACUUGAUGUUUGUUUGGACAACAGCUUUAUUUUGAAGUCUUGAUAAAAAAUGGC